AAAUGUAAAAUACUACCAUUAAACUACUGUUGUUUCUCUUUCUCCUCGUUUAUGUAUAAAAUGAGUAAAAUAAACACACAUGUGUAAAAUUUAUACAUAACCUUUAAAUAAUAUUAUAUAGUUUUAUGGGGGAGCCGUUUUAUGUAGUUUUAAAUAAAAAUUACUCAGAUUAAAAAUGGUUAAAAGGAAAGCCAACGUAACCAAAGGAUCUGAAGAUUUACCGCCUGAAAUAGAAAAUUGUGCAAAUGUUGAAUCAGUUUUUUCGGAUAAUGAUAUGAAUACUAUUCUCUUGGAUAACGGCGAGGAUAGUAGUGAUGAAGAAUCAGCUGGAGAUCAAGAUGAUUUGUUAUCUGAUUCAGACUAUGAAAGACAGACUUAUUCCGAUGAUGAUGAUUUUGAUAGUGCUGAAGAUUUCGAUGAUGAAGAUGAUGAUGUUGAUGAUAAUGAAGAUGAUGAUGAAGAUGACGAUGAAGAAGAAGAUGAUGAUACAGAGGAUAACGACGAAAAUAAAAGUGAGGAUGGUCGAGAAACAGAAUCUGAACAAAAUGGGGGUUAUAAUACUUGCAAAGAAUUAUCAAACGUAGCUAAUAAAGAAUCGAAAUCUUCUGAGCGACAAAUUAAAGUAAAAAACAAUAAAAAAAUUAUAGAGAAAUCAAAAAUUUCUAUUGAAAAUAAACUUACGCCAGAGGAAGGAGAAGUUAAGAUACAGGGAAAAGAUGAAUAUGAGGAAGAUUCUUCGGAUGAAGAAGACAUUAGAAAUACAAUAGGAAAUGUACCAUUAGAAUGGUACUCGGAUUACGCGCAUUUAGGUUAUGAUUGGGAUGGAAAUAAAAUCAUGAAACCAAAACAAGGUGAUAAAUUAGAUGAUUUUCUUAAACGCGUGGAAGAUCCAAACUUUUGGAGGACUGUUUUUGAACCGUACACAAAUCAAAAUAUUGUUCUUACUGAUGAAGAUAUACAAUUAAUUCAAAGAAUUCAAACUCAAAGAAUUCCCGAUGCUCAAUUCGAGGAAUAUGCGCCUUGGAUUGAAUGGUUCACGUCCGAAGUAGAAAAAAUGCCUUUACGAAAAUUUCCAGAGCAUAAAAGAUCAUUUAUUCCUAGCCGAGAUGAAGCAAAAAAAGUAUCAAAAUUAGUACAUGCACUUAAAAUGGGUUGGAUCAAAACAAGACAUGAACAAGCAAAACUGAGAGCCAAAAAAGAUCCACAAUUUUAUAUGAUAUGGAGUACAGAUGAUGUCCCAGAACAUAUGCGUCGUAUUCAUAAACAUAUCCCAGCUCCUAAACGACAUUUACCUGGUCAUGCUGAGUCUUACAAUCCACCUCCUGAAUAUUUAUUCGAUAAAAAAGAACUUAAACAAUGGAAGAAACAACAGACUACUCCAUGGAAACGAAAGUUACACUUUAUACCGGAAAAAUAUAAUUCAUUACGAGAAGUUCCAGCAUAUUCUCGGUAUAUUCGUGAACGCUUCCAGCGUUGUUUGGAUCUUUAUCUAUGCCCUAGAGCUAUUAAAAUGAAAUUGCAGAUUGAAGCAGAAGAUCUCGUUCCUAAAUUACCAAGUCCUAAGGAUUUACAACCAUUCCCCACUACCGAAUCAAUGGUUUAUACUGGACACACAGACAUGAUACGAAGUAUAACUGUUGAAGGGCAUGGUCAGUAUUUGGCUUCAGGUUCAGAUGAUCAAACAGUUAAAGUAUGGGAAAUUGCUACUGGUCGUUGUGUCAAAACGUUUAAAUUUAAUGAUGUUAUAAAAUGUGUUGCAUGGUGUCCUAAUCAAGCGUUAUCUUUAAUUCUGGUGGCAUAUGGAAAGCGAGUUGAUAUUGUAAAUCCUGGUGUUGGUGAUAAACUUGUUGUUUCGAAAACCGAUUCAAUUUUAGAGCAAGUUCCGGUUACUGAUAUAAUUGAAAAUGAUCGGGUAAAUACUGCAGUUAAAUGGGAGAAUUUCACACCAGAUUCAAAUGAAUGGAGUUUAGGUGUGCGUGCUUCAUUACAUCAUUUUAAAGAUGUAACUCAAGUAACUUGGCAUGGACGCGGUGAUUAUAUAGGAAGUGUGAUGCCUGAAGGACAACAUAGAUCCGUUCUUAUUAGCCAACUAAGUAAACGACGUUCACAAUUACCCUUCUCCAAAAGUAAAGGUUUAAUACAAUGUGUGCUGUUUCAUCCAAUUAAACCAUUCCUAUUUGUUGCUACUCAAAGAAAUAUUCGUAUAUAUGAUUUGGUAAAACAAGAAUUAGUAAAAAAAUUAUUAUCGAAUUCACGAUGGAUUUCUACUAUGGCUAUACAUCCAGCUGGCGAUAAUGUUUUAGUUGGUACUUACGAUCGUAAGAUGUUAUGGUUUGAUUUGGAUUUGAGCACUAAACCAUAUCAAACACUUCGUUUGCAUGGAACUGCUGUACGUGGUGUAGCGUUUCAUAAACGUUAUCCACUAUUUGCUUCAGGCUCGGAUGAUCGCAGUUUAAUUGUAUCGCAUGGUAUGGUAUAUAAUGAUUUAUUGAAAAAUCCAUUAAUUGUUCCAUUGAAAAGAAUACAAAAUCAUAAACAGUUUAACGAUUUUGGAAUAUUUGAUGUUAUUUUCCAUCCAAAUCAACCGUGGUUGUUUAGUUCUGGUGCCGAUGCUACAAUACGGCUUUAUACAUGAUAUAAACAAAUAUGCAUUGUAAUUAAACGUAUUUUGUUAUAUUUAAUAAAUGUUUAAAAUUU